AUGGGUAAGGGACGGUGCUGGGCGUUUUACGAGGCGCCGCAGGGCUGCCUCCCGUGGGUGGCCUUCCCUGUGCCGUCUCUCCUGGUGUGUACCUCUCCCCGCUGUCCAGGAAGCCCCGGGUUCCCCGCCCAACUUGGGGCUUCUCCUCUCUGUUUGAGACCCGUCUCCGAUAGGUUGGCUGUGAGGAACCAGAGCCCGUGGCCAGGCCGGCGUGGUGCGGAGGGUCCGCUCUGUGGUCCUCUCCGUCAGCUGGGAACCGGUGCAGGAAGGGGAGGCUGCUGUUGGCAGUGCCUCAGAGAGCUGGACUCAGCCUCUGCCAGGUCCCUGACUGUCCUGCAUCGGAGCCUCAGCCCUGCGAACCAGCCCACCUUCUGCUGCCACAAGUGGCGCCUUGUGCUUUCAGUCAGCGAGCAGGGCCGUGGGCACCCGUGUCCCACAUUGUUCUUGAUGUCCAAGUCCCUGAGAGCUGAGAGCCCGGAGGCCGCGUGGGACCUUUCCCCCAGGGUCCAGUGGAGGCUCAGAGUCCAAGGAGGUGGGCCUGAUGGAUUCAUGCCUUCCCGGUGCCCCAGGCCCGCUCCCAUCGGGGUGCACAGCCCUCCAUGCUGUGUGUGGCAGUGUCCAGACCGGGUGGGAGAGCGAGGAACAGGGACCGACUGCCUCUGGGGAGGGCUGUGUGUGGUCAGCCACGAGCGCGAGGCUGGGAGGCUAGGGGCAGAGGCCAGGGCUUCCUGCCAGGCUCUGGGCAGGGAUGAGUUUCCAGUGGGAUUUGCACCUACAGGCACCACUGCAGGUGCCAGGUGAGGUCUGAGACCAGGCCUGCAGCUUUGAGGCAGCCUCGGAGGCCUGGUACCGGAUGCCGUCCCGGCAGGCUGAAGCUGACCUUUCUGAAGGCCUCUUGCUUAUCUGAUUUCAUCCCCAGAGCAGCCGUGUGACGCAGGCACGAUUCCCUCUCCUGCCUGGAGGAGCUGUGGUUAUUCAGUGACUUAACCAAGGUCACACAUGGGGUAAGUGCAGUUGUUGAUCUUGAAACCCAGGCAUUUCUGACUUCGAAACCUGUGCUUUCCCUCAUUCUCUUGGACUAAAGUCAGGUAUUUUCGCGAGCUGAGCCCCUCUGAGAACAGAUAUGAACCAGAGGGAAGGGCAGGCACCCGGGGACCUUCCCGGUCCCCAAGGAUGGCUGUGUGAGUCUCUUUCUAGAGAGGCAGGACUGAGAUGGGUACCUGCUGGUGCACUGGGCAGGCAAGGCUGGGCAGGACAAGGACAUUCCUUGCCAGAUACAUGCGGAGUUUUUAACCAAUGCUGAGUGCUGUGCUAGGUGCUGGAGAGGCAGAAUCCACGAAAGCUCAGUUUCUGCUCUUGGCAGCUGCAUUCCAGGGUGGGGAAAGAUCGGUGCGAGCCCAGCAUCCCCAGCGUCAUGGCGCCUGCCUGUAAUCCCAGCACUGUGGGAGACUGAGGCAGGAGGAUUGCAG